AUUCAGAAACCCAACCUCACUCAAUAUCUCUCGCGUUCACUACUCCCAUAGCUGCUGCCUAAACCACCUCCGGCCACCGCUCUGCUCAUUCCCGACCACCUGCAGCCGCGCGUCCACCGGCGACCACUCACGUCUCUGCUCCGAUCAAGCUCUCAGUAUAUUAAUAUAUAAAAAAGUGAAUGGGGUUGCCCAAUACAUCUGAGGACUUAUCAUCUGAAAUGGAGGUUGAUGCCUUUAGACGCCUUUUCCCACUUAGAUUUUUUGAGCGUCAUCUUUCUGAAUCUAUACGCCCUGAUGGUAGACCACUUGCGAAAGCGAGAGAUACAAGCAUAUUUCUUGGUGCUGUUGCAUCUGCUAACGGCUCAGCUCUUGUGAAGAUUGGAUCAACUACUAUGUUGACUGCAAUAAAAAUGGAAGUUAUGGCUCCCUCCUUGGAGUCACCAGAUGUGGGUUGUAUAGCUAUUGAUUUCCACAUGCCUCCAAUUUGUUCUCCAAUUGUUAGGCCCGGAAGGCCUGCUGAAGCAUCACCAGUUGUGACAAAGCAGUUGUCUGACACCAUUUCAAGUUCUGGAAUGAUUGAUUUGAAAGAAUUGUCCUUGGUCAGUGGGAAAGCUGCAUGGAUGGCUUACUUGGAUGUCUAUUGUUUGGAUGCUGAUGGUGCUCUUUUUGAUGCUGCUUUACUUUCUGUAGUUGCUGCUUUAUCUCAUUUGCAAAUUCCUUCUGUUGCCAUGAACGAUGACGGCAAAAUAGUACUCGUAUCCGAUGAAGAUGGACAAAAGCAGGCACAGGAGUUGGUUAAUAAGGAAAAGAGGAAGCUUACAUUAAGAAACAUUCCAUUCUCAUUAACAUGCAUACUUUACAAAAAUUACAUCUUGGCAGAUCCUACUGCAGAAGAAGAAUCCAUUAUGGAAACCCAUAUGACUGUAGUUUUGAAUACAUCUGGUCAACUUAUAUCUCUUUACAAGCCUGGCGGGCCAGUUCUUGCCUAUACUUCUGCUCUCCAGGACUGUGUUGCAUUGACCAGGCAAAGAGUUAAAGAACUUAAGAGCCUCUUAGACAGAGAAAAUUCGGCUGCUAUGGAAGUUGAGUAGAAUUAUAAAUUAACCUUCAUUGUUUUGGCCUUUUGGGUGAUUAUCUUAAGGAAUUUCAGUAUGUCUUUAUUUUAAAAGUACUCUUCACAUUUCGGCUUUGAUUUCAAUUAUUCGGUUAAUAUUUUUCUGAUAUAACAAAUUUCAACGUUAUCAAAUUAUAUAUAUGGAAAUCAUUUCGACCA